AGCGCGGCCCUGUUGCUGCCGCUAUCGGGAGGCGCAGCCGUUACCAGCGGCGCGACGCGGGGCUGCCGUCUCGCCCGUCACAGGCGGCCCGCCCGGCUCGGCGCGGCGGCCGGCGCGGGGCUCAUGGCGAAGGUCUGAGAGCAAGACAUACAGAGGAUCUAGCAGUGUGGCAGCUGAUGGUUUAAAAGGUCACUUUUCCAUUUGAAAAGAGUAAGUGCAAGAGAUCAGUUUACAGCCAAGGCACCUUUGCUUCUCCCUACCUCUUCUGAGGCCAGCUAUGAUUUGGGGAUUUUCCCUCCCUGAUUUCUAAAAGUUCUAGGUCAAAUGAUCAGUUCUGUGGCAAGACAGUAUGACACUUUGAGUAUGACAGAAGCCCUGAUGCUGCAGCAGAGGCUGGGAAUAUUAAUGGCCAAAUCUAGAGAUCACAUGGUGUUCUGAAGAAGUCAUGGGUAGCUGUUGUAGCUGUCCAGAUAAAGAAACUGUCCCAGAUAACCAUCGAAACAAGUUUAAGGUUAUUAAUGUGGAUGAUGAUGGCAAUGAGCUGGGUUCUGGCAUAAUGGAGCUUACAGACACAGAACUGAUUUUGUACACCCGUAAGAGGGACUCUGUCAAAUGGCACUACCUCUGUCUCCGGCGCUACGGCUAUGACUCCAAUCUCUUCUCCUUUGAAAGUGGCCGAAGGUGUCAAACUGGACAAGGAAUCUUUGCCUUUAAGUGUGCCCGUGCAGAAGAGCUGUUUAAUAUGUUGCAAGAGAUAAUGCAGAACAAUAGUAUCAAUGUGGUAGAAGAACCAGUAGUAGAAAGGAAUAAUCAUCAGACUGAGCUGGAAGCUCCAAGAACUCCUAGAACACCUACCACUCCUGGGUUCAAUGCACAAAGUUUACCUAAUGGCUAUCCAAGAUACCCAUCUUUUGGAGAUGCUUCAUCCCAUCCAUCCAGCAGGCAUCCUUCUGUCGGAAGCGCACGCCUCCCCUCCGUCGGUGAAGAAUCAACUCAUCCCUUACUUGUAGCAGAGGAGCAAGUGCACACUUAUGUCAACACUACUGGGGUACAAGAGGAAAGGAAAAACCGAUCAAGUGUGCACGUGCCACUGGAAUCCAAGCUUUCAAACCCUGAAACAGCUAAAGUGAAAGAGGAGCAGAUGUGUACUGAUGACAGAGAUGCUCAGGUUCUCCUGGAGCCUGAAGGAGUCAAGUUUGUUUUAGGACCAACACCUGUUCAAAGGCAGUUAAUGGAAAGAGAGAAACUGGAGCAACUUGGGAGAGACCAAGUUAGCGGCAGCAGCACAAACAACACUGAGUGGGACACUGGGUACGACAGUGAUGAACGGAGAGAAACGCCAUCUGGUAAUAAAUUGGUGUAUGAAAAUCUCAAUAGGUUAUCAAUCCCUAGUGCCUCAGGGGUCAGGAGAGGUCGUUUGACAUCAACCAGUACCUCAGACACCCAGAACAUUAACAACUCUGCUCAGAGAAGAACUGCGCUGUUGAACUAUGAGAACCUGCCAUCCUUGCCUCCUGUUUGGGAAGCCCGCAAGCUGAGCAGAGAUGAAGACGACAGUUUAGGACCAAAGACCCCGUCUCUGAAUGGUUACCACAAUAAUCUAGAUCCAAUGCAUAACUAUGUCAACACAGAGAAUGUAACAGUACCAGCAAGUGCUCAUAAAGUAGAGUUCCCACGGCGUCGGGACUGCACCCCGACCGUCUUUAACUUUGACAUUAGGCGUCCGAGCUUGGAACACAGGCAGCUCAACUACAUACAGGUUGACUUGGAAGGUGGCAGUGACUCUGACAACCCUCAGACUCCAAAAACCCCCACCACCCCACUGCCCCAGACCCCAACCAGGCGCACAGAGCUGUAUGCUGUGAUAGACAUUGAAAGAACUGCUGCUAUGUCGAGCUUGCAAAAAGCACUGCCCCGAGACGAUGGUACUUCUAGGAAAACGAGACAUAACAGCACUGACCUGCCUAUGUGAGCCCAGGAAGCAGUAAAUCAUUUGCACCUUUUGUGAAGUUUCUAGAAUUGAAGAUGCAAGUACUUUGCAUUUCUUAACACUACGCCUUUUAUAGACUAAUGGAACUGUUCUUUUGGGUUGUUUGUUGCUUUGUUGUUUUGGUUUUUCUUUCUUCUCCUGCAUACUUCAUGUACUUGUCUAACUAAAGGGAAUUAAUGUAGAGCAAGCAUUCAUUUAGGCAACACUAUUUCAUUCUACAGUAGUAGUACUUAACUGCAUAGCAGCGUCGCCACCUUUCACAGUGCCUCUUUCAACUGAUUAGAGUUUGAGUGACAUGCCAGUUUGGGAUUUAUAAAUGUUCUGGUCUGGUGCCUAUACUCAUUAAUGGCAUUUAUAACACUUGUUUGUUUGGUGUUUUCUUUUUAAAGCCUCUUGGUAUGUGCAUUAUUAGCAGGUAAAGCUAAUCUUCCAAGGUUACAU